AUGAGACUUGUGGGCGCGAUGAUACUUACAGUCGGAUACGCUCUAAACAGUGUAUUGCGCACGUCGCUGAUAUCGGAUUCACGCGAUUGUACUUACGGUACGGUCGUCGACAGUGGGGCCGAUUUCGCGCGCCAGCGACUCGGCCGCGACCGGCCUAGGCGCCGACGUCUUGGCCGUGGGUCGUCGCUCGCGCGCGAGGUCAACGCCGCGCCACCGCCACGCACCCAGCUACGGCUCUCCGUCUUACGGUUGCAACGAUCCCCGAGUGGGAAGGCCUCGCCACGUGCGGAAUGCCCCAUGACUGCGGGCUACGCGCCACACGUGCUGGGCAUCGCCAAGAGCUGCGUGGAACCAGUGGAGGGGCGUGACACACCGCCAAUAAUUAUAAGCGACCUAAAAAGCUACGUGGCCGAUAGUGGUACAGUCAGGGACAACGACCACGUCGCCCCAUUCGCGGGAACUGCAGUUGCGCUGUCGAACAACGAAUUGUUUGUCCGUAAUUCGAGUUUCAACUCGUCGACGUAUAUAUACCAAAAGCAAGCGGGCAGCCGAAAGCUUCCCCGUUUCUAUUUUAACGUCGGCAACACGUACCGCGGCAGCGGCGCGGUGCAUUCCGGCCGCAAGUUUAGAAAUCCGAGUCGUCGGUUACGAAGAGUGACGGAAGUGCCAAAGGCAAUGCCUGCGGCGUACAUCGAUCAUGGUUGUUUUUCAAACGGCCUGCGUAUUAGCACCCACUCGAUUUGCAUAAGAUAUCGAACUCUCGGCCGCCCGCGAUUCCUAUUCAAGCGAACCGCGUUCUGCACGGCGGACCUUGAGAUUCGGCGGCGGUCAGUGCCCGAGGCCUCCGUUGGAAGCUUCGGCGCUGUUGUGCGCUUCUUUCCGAGACCAUUCGUGCGCGCAGCGCGACUUUCUUGCGCUUGCCCCGCGAUUGGCGAUUUCGGUGGCGGUUUCAAGGACAACCGGGCCGAGUACGAGCACAAUGCACCAGGCUGCAGUGGUGGAGUCAGUCACCUCGUCCUAACGGGGCUCGCCCUAUACCCGCGCAUCGUCAUCGCAAUUGUCGUGCGAUCGCGCGCCGAUGCAACUGCAACUCCUAUUGCAUACGUAACAGCCGGGUACGCUGGCCGUAGACACGCCCCUGUUGCCUCAGGC